AUGCGGCUUCAUCAAGACGAUCACCUACCCCGUAAGGUAGUGGCUGUUGUGGAUCGCACAGCAAACAUCAAUAACGCAGCUGAGGCAUUGUCAAUGAAUACAUCAAGGAGCCCGCGAGUGAAAUAUAACGAGACGAGGGACGGCAAGGAAAAGAAAAACAAGAGGAAACAGGGGGACUACGGAUCGUAUCGUCCCUCUUGA